AUGAGCCCUCCUAUCAGAAAUGUUGUUAUGACACUGCUAGUUGUGCUCUUAAUUACAAGUACUGAGGCCGACGUUCAAAUUCCUAGGACCAAAAGAGUCAGAAUCACCAACUCGUUGGCAAGCUACGUGGACAUGAAGGUCCACUGUAAAUCCGGUGCGCAUGACCUAGGGGAGCAGAUAGUUCGUCCAACGGAGAGCUAUGAGUUCAGUUUCAAAACAAAUUUUCUGGGAACCACAUUGUUCUUCUGCAGCUUUCAGUGGGGGAAUGAGUUUCAUUAUUUCGAUGUUUACAAGAACGGUAGGGACGAUUGUAGCAAAUGCUUUUGGACUAUUGUUGAAAACGGACCUUGCUUGUAUGGCGUUCAGGGUGUCUGCUCUCAGUGGAACAAAAAUUAG